UAUGUAUUAUAAUAAUCUCAUCAUAUCCAUUUAACAACUUCGUCUUUUUUCUUUCUUUCUUUUGCUUUAUAGAAAAUAUAUACAAUUUCUCUCAUGGAGCUUAGUAAUCACUCAAAAAUAGUUUUUGCUCUAGUGUUGCUACUUGUAUUUCCAUUUUUAAUUGCUGCCAAGAGCAAGUCACCGUGUGAUUUUCCGGCGGUUUUCAACUUCGGCGACUCAAACUCCGACACCGGUGGAUUGUCGGCGGCAUUUGGUCAGGCUGGUCCGCCAGCCGGCGAGACUUAUUUUGGAGCCCCUGCCGGACGGUAUUGCGAUGGUCGUCUUGUUAUUGAUUUUAUUGCUGAAAACUUAGGACUACCACAUCUAAGUGCAUUCUUAGAUGCAUUGGGUUCAAAUUUCAGUCAUGGAGCCAAUUUUGCCACAGCUGGUUCAACAAUCAGACCCCAAAACACAACUCUACAUCAAAGUGGUUUUAGCCCCAUUUCAUUAAAUGUUCAAAGUUACGAAUUCAACGAUUUCCUUCACAGAUCUCAGAUUAUUCGUACCAAAGGGGAUGUGUUUAGUAAGUUGAUGCCUGAGAAGAAACAUUUUUCUCAGGGGUUAUACACAUUUGACAUUGGACAAAAUGAUUUGACUUCUGGUUACUUCCUUAACAUGUCAACUGAUCAAGUUAGAGCUUACGUUCCUGAUGUAAUCCAUCAAUUCAAAACCGUUAUUCAGGACAUAUAUGGGCACGGUGGUAGAUAUUUUUGGAUACAUAACACAGGUCCAGUUGGUUGUCUACCUUACAUAUUAGAUCGUCUACUAAUAACAGCAGGACAAGUUGAUAAGGCAGGUUGUGGUUCUCCCUUUAAUGAAGUGGCUCAAUACUUCAACUCUAAGUUGAAGGAAACAGUGGUUGCCCUAAGAAAGGAUCUUCCAUUGGCUGCUCUUACCUAUGUUGAUGUUUAUUCCGUCAAGUAUGAACUCAUCAGUCGCGCUAACAAGCACGGGUUUGAGCAUCCACUAGAAGCUUGUUGUGGUCAUGGAGGAAAAUACAACUACAACAUAAAUCAUGGAUGUGGAAGCAAGAUGAAGGUGAAAGGCAAAGAAAUAAUAUUGGGAAAAUCAUGCAAAAAUCCAUCAGAAAGAAUCAAUUGGGAUGGUGUACAUUUCACAGAGGCUGCUAAUAAAUGGGUGUUUCAACAAAUUUUGAAUGGUUCAUAUUCAGACCCUCCACUUCCCUUGAAUAUGGCAUGUCAUAAGCAAUAAAUCUUAGUUAUUCAUCAACAUUUUGUACCAAUUGGAUAACCACUUUUAUCUUUUAUGGAAGAAGCCUAGCUGAAUUGGAUAUUCAGCUAUUAAAUUGGUGUAAUAGAUUAGAUCUAUUUCAUUUUCAAUUAAAGAAUUUUAAUAUA